UGGUUUCGAUGGAAUGUUUGAGUCUUUCAUGAAGUAAAACGCUGUUCCUUUGGAUCUGUCGUACUUUCUGAAGGAUGUGGUCGUGCUAUCGAGCUCAUGGGGUAGGACGCUGGUGGCAGACAGGGCCUCAGUGUAUCUCCUUUGGUAGGGACUAGCCGAGCUAUAACCCUGGGUCAAUGAACGAUGUGAUAGGUCCACGCUUGUGCCUCUCGUGCAUACAAUAGCAUUUGAGGCUUGUGGUCAUUGAUCUGGUAUAAUAUGUGCAUACAGAUCUCUGUCCUGAUGCCAGACAUGUGCAGGUGGGGCUAGCCGAAGCGCCAAAACCCCGGCCCUUAUCUCCGGGGUUGAACCCCACCCGAUUACUGUACAUCACGACAUUGACUCUGGAACGAACACAGCAACCUCCCCUUCCCAGUGAUAAGCCUCCAAGCUGCAAAUAUGACGGAAUUACUAGAUCUAUGCUACGAUGUGCUUAUCAGAAUUCUGGAAGAGAUAGACCCCGAGGAUGUCGGUCGGUGCGCGCAAACGUCCAACGGCUUUAAUGAUUUUAUCAAGAAAAACACGAGAUUAUAUAAAGCGCAGUACCUGAAAAACUUUGAUGACCCAAGGAGACGGCCGACCGAUCCGGAACCAGCGUGGAUACCACAACUGCAGAGGCUCGUCAGGUGCAGAAAGAUGCUAGAAUCCGCCAAUAGUGAUCUGAAGCGCGACGAGUUCAGAUUUAUCGCGUCAACACUGGAGACCCUCAUUGCCACAGGCUCAACAGAUGCCCUCGGCAACUCUCACAACCAGCAAUUGAUCACCAAGCUCUUCCAGCCAAUUUACCAAAACCACGACGCCUUCCUCUGCCGUUCAUCGCUCUAUGACCGAUGCGGCAAGGCAAGCCAGAAGCCUGCAGACGACGAAGAAGACCGCCAACUAUCCGCAAAGCUCCUCUGCCUCUUUGGCAUCCCUUCUGGCAACGUCGGCAACCGCGUCCUCUCUACCCACCCCUACGCCCGCUCCCGCGUCUAUGACCUCCGCAACUACACCGACAAAACCGGUUGGGGCCCCUUCCGCGACGACGGCAGCAUGCGCGUAGACUGGGAAAUGGUCGAGAGCCUGAUGAUCGUGUUGGGCUACAACUCGGGCCUCUGCGGGCGGCAGUUCAUACAACGGUUCCGCCCGCCCUGGACGGCGCCCCUCGAGGGCGUGCUCCCCGCUCGCGACAGGAUCUUGCCUGCGUACCCGCCUAAGCUUUACACGCAGCCUGAGAUCCCGCUGUCGUUGAGGGACCCGUAUAACGUAUCCGGCGUGUGGUCUCGUAUCGUAUGCUUCUUGGACUACAACGACUUGUACCACUAUAACUUCAACUCGGAGGCGAUGAAAGUGCCGCCGGACCAGCCGAGGGAGCCCAUUCAGACGGAGGAGGCGAUUCGGCACAUCGUCAUGGACCUGAAGGUCACGGAAGUGCUUGCCCCAGGGGAAUUUGAAAACCGGGCGCUUCCCAUCGUCAAGUUCACGGGCACAUCCCGCUCGGUAGAUUUGUACGGCGACCCGAAUGCCAACUCGAAGCUUCGCGGCUCAGUGCGCCUCACCCCCGAGGGCGAGGUACGGUGGCGGACCAUCUCGGUAUUUUACGGCGGAGAGGAGCGAUGGCGCAGCGAAGGUGUGCAGGUCGGUGGUGUGCGAUCACAGCGUGGCGUCAUCGGGACGUGGUUCGAUAAGGAUAUGGAUCCGCAUGGGCCUGCCGGGCCGACGGCGUUUUGGAAGAUUUGCGACACGAAUGAGCUUGAUAGUGAGGGGAGUGAAGAGGUGGACGUGGAGGUGGAAGACGAGGAGGAGGAUGAGGAGGAUGGGGUGUGGAUUCUGCAGGAGCUUUAGGGUGAUGUAGAUACGGCUUGUACUUUAUUGGAUAACGCGGAAGACGCUGCGCACUGGCGUCUCAGGUA